GAGCGCAAAGUGCCACAGCGGAAGCCCAUUGUGCUCGGUCUACGCACCAGUUACUUGCUCCUUCCUGACAGGUGACCUGUAUCCCGGGUCACGGCUGCUCUCUCGCGGACACCUCAAUCGACUUGUCCGGAGCCAUCCCAUUCCGGCACCACCUGCAAGGAAGACUCGGCUCUAGCAUGAAGAACUUCUACGGGAAACGGUGUCUCCUGCUCGUGACCGGGGCGUCACGCGGCCUUGGAUCGGAAAUAGCGCGAGCACUCUCUGAGAAACUAGGUGGAGGAUCAGUCGUAGUCCUUGCGGCCACGAACUCAGAUUUGCUGCAAGAGAAGUGCCGGGAAUUCGCUCAGAAGUUUCCUGAGAUAAGCUUCCGUUCUUUCACGAGUAGAAAUGAGGACGCGACUUUUGCCGACUAUGAAGAGUUGUUCGACGAGCAUAUGAAAAUUUCGCCCGACGCUGUUGUAGUCGUUCACAACGCCGGGUCUCUAGGAAACAUCGACAGUCCCUUGUGUGGGCAGACAGAUGGUGAAGCCAUCGAUCGGUUCCUCCGAGCGAACGUUCGACACCCCAUGCUACUCUCUUCGGCCGCGAUCUCGAAGUCGAAAGCCCCGCUAUUCCUCAUAAAUAUAUCGUCACUAUGUGGUAUCAAACCGAUGAAAGGCACAGGACUUUAUUGUACGGCGAAGGCGGCGCGGAAAAUGUACUUCUCCUGUCUGGCCGAGGAAAAUCCGGGAAUUCGGAUUCUUCAAUACUCUCCGGGACCUCUGGACACCGACAUGAUGGAUCAGCUCCGGAAGUCUGCUCUAGACGAUGUUGUUGCGAUAGCGAAGGUAGUCAAGGAGAGCGGCACCCUCCUUACUGUGGAGCAAACAACCUCGAAACUCUGCGAGAUCAUCGAGGAAGGAGCUUACGAAUCUGGCGCUCAUCUAGAUUACUUUGACCGCUGAUGUUGAGGAGGAUUUCGUGCGAGAAACCACGGAAUGCGAUCGGAAUCUCUACCGAUCUGCGUCCGUGAAGGUCAGAAAGCAACUUUCGCGCGAAAAUUGUAGGCACCGCGAACAUUCCUUAAGUCCACGUGUCUGUGUUGUCUGAUACGAGCGUAUUGCUCACCUCAUCAAGGCCAAAUACUUUUAUUGAUUGAAUAAAA